UGUUUAUCCGCCAUUUUGUUUUACUACCGUACGCGCAGCUCGCGGUGGUCACGGUGGUCAAGUUUUACGAUGAAUAUGAGUGAUUGAAGAAAAAUUAAGAUCUCAACGGCAUUGCUGCUUUAACGAUCUUCUGUGCGUUUAUGCUAUCGUGCUAUCGCUCGUGGAAUGUGAAAAUUGGAUCUCGCCGAGGCGACGCAGCGCAGUGAUGGCAAUACGCGAUAAGUUACGUCCGACCCAACUUUCCUGACUUUUGAGGCCAAAUGGCGAUUACCAAAUAAAACGGACGAUUCUCGCCUCGCUCGUCACGUAAGUUCACCCGGAACGCAUUUAUUGCGUGUGAAACGAUGAAAUUAGUCGGUGUUAACGUUCGGCACUUGCGAGAGACGGAGAGCGUCUCGUCGAUUGACAUGUUGCCCGUAGCUCUAUCAGCGUUCCCUUAAUUUUCAUGUGCACCGUUAUCCAAUACCGUUCCCCUUCCUAGAAUCGCGUCGUGUAAAAUUGUGUCGCGAGUAAAUCUAUUAAAUGCGUGUUCUGUAUUUCUGUUGAUCGACAUAUAUACAUAUAUGUGCACACAAGUGUACAUGUGUAUAUGUACAUAGCUGUGUGUAUAGAUAUGUUUGUUCUGGAAAGUGUUUCAGUUGCUAUUCUAAAGAGUGUACAGAUACUGGGAAAUGUCACGUCUUUUACCAAUGAGCGAAUGAAACAAGUUCUUAACCAGUCAUCUGCCCAUCAUAUAUAUUUUCUAAUAAAAUUAUGACACUGGUUUGUUACUUUGACAAAGAUUAAUUGUAUUCCUGUGCAUUCAUGACAAAUGGAAUAUUUAUUUUUCACGAUAUGUCGUAAUCAAUAACUGAACUUUUGUCUCAUCGAACCACGGUGUACAAAACAAUGUUGCGUUGCAGAAUGUCGGGCCAGAGCGGUGGACAUCGAACGCAUUUGGCCAAGCUUAACGACCAAUUGACAUGCAAAUUGUGUGGUGGAUAUUUCAUCGAUGCCACUACCAUUAUCGAAUGCUUACACUCGUUUUGCAGAAGUUGCAUCGUCAAGUAUCUGGAGGCUAACAAGUAUUGCCCGAUCUGCGACGUACAGGUUCACAAAAGUAGGCCACUGUUAAAUAUACGUCCCGAUCACACUUUGCAAGAUAUUGUGUAUAAACUAGUACCUGGAUGUUACCAAAAUGAGAUGCGAUGUCGGAGAGAAUUUUAUGCGAAACAUCCAGAAGUGUGCAGCCAGGUGAUGUCGCCGGAGGCUCGCGGGGAACCCAUAGAAUCGCACAUCUAUUCUCCAGAUGAAUCUCUCAGCUUGUCCUUGGAGUAUUUCAACCCUCACGCAAAAGAUUUAAAUGAAACGGACGUCAUUGAGGACGAUAAAUCUCUUUUAAGGCGAUACCUGCGGUGCCCAGCGGCGGUUACAGUAUUUCAUUUACAAAAAUUAAUAAGAGCCAAGCAUGGCCUGAGCGAUGCACACAGAGUUGAUAUAAUGUACAAAGAGGAACCGUUGUGUAGUAGUUAUACGUUAAUGGAUGUAAUGUACAUCUAUCACUGGAGGCGGAAAGUGCCACUACAUCUGAGCUACAGAAUAUUCGAAUCGUCCCUAAAACGCAUAAAAUUAUCGGAGGACAAUGCCAACUACACAAAAUCGUUGACAAACGCCGACAUCGAGUCCAUGGAGUUGAAGGAUGAGAAAUCGUUGAAACGUGAGUGGAAGGAGGUGCAGUUAAAGAUAUCGGAGACCGGUGUGAUGAGCAUAACCGAUAUAUCGAACACGGUGCACAAGCGGGAUGCGGAAAUCGAGAAUCGGGACGAGAAAACUUCGAAGGAGACUAUCACCUCGUACAUAGCGGUGGACAAAACGGACUCGCUGGUAGAGAAGUGCGGUAUCUCCAAGUCUGCGGAGACCGUGCAGUCUAUUCUUGCAGUCAUUGACACGAAAAGCCCGAUGUUUCCCGACACCAGCGAUGCAUCUGUCGUCAAAUCGGAAAAUGCCUCGAAGUGCUGUGCGUCGUUGAUCGCUCAGCAGAACGGAAGCACGACGACGAAGCAGACGAACGAAAUGGGGAACUGUGUCGCGCCGACGAAGUCGCAACAGGACACGCGCGAGGUCAAGGGAAACAAUCAAACUAUCGCUACCGUCGAGGACAAAUCGCUCUUGCAGAAAACCAUCAUCGGCCAGCCAGCGAUGCAGCUCGUCGAGCAGAACGUACCUGUUGUCGAAAAUGCAGAUGGCACGAACGCGAAAAAAUUGUCGAUAAAUAACAAUAACACCGAUUUUAGAGCCGAGACGCAGAGAGAGGGUGCGAAAGGUACGAGCGAGGCUAAAGCGGGACCGAACGCUGGAUCGAAGAUCGAUGCGUUGAGCGCGAAGUUGCAGUUCCAACCGAAAAUGGGUCAAGUCAACAACACUUACUCGAAAAAAGUGCCGAAGGAGAAGCGAGCGAUUCUUCAAGCUACGAGAAGGUUGGACGCGAAGUCGGCGUCGACGGACGCGCCGAAGACGCGAAUGAAUUGCGGGGGCGCAACGGACAAGGUGUCGGUCUCGUGCUCGACGGCAGCAGCUCCCUCGCAAAAGCCGGUCGUGUCGGCGGCGCCUCAGGACAUUCCGGUAACGGUUUCCUCGUCUAAAUCCGGUGGACAGCCGGCUCUGUACGAGACAGGCAGUCAAGGUAUGGGUAUCGAUGUGCAGCAGGCUCUGAAUUUGCUGGAACAGAGGACAAGCUCGCCCGCGUCGCAAACGUCGGCGGACUCGGGCACUCCACGGACGAGUCACGUCACUGACACGACGAAUCAACGGUCGCAGAGCAUGCAGAGCGGCAGUAAGACGACGCCGAGCGAGAGUGUCGCGUCCAGCGUGCCGAACGUCUCUACCUCGACGGUCAGCCAGACGACAUCGACGUUUUCCUACACGGUGCACGAUCUUGUGACCACCUCGGCCGCUUUGAAGGCAACUCUUAAGAGCGCCGGUGGAAGCGACGGCGGCGGCGUCCUCGAGAAAUCAUUGGGCACACCGUCACCCGUAGCUUGUUCCACGUCUGGCAGCCAAAUGCCUUCGUUUGGCGUGCAAACGUCGUCGAUGAGCGUGUACUCCAUACCAACGUCUUUGAAGAAUAACAGCGCGAGUCAAGGUGUAACGACGGUAACGGCCGCAUCAGCGGCAACGUCGAAGCCGACGACGUCGACGUCCACGUCGACCGGCACGUGUCCAGUACCUCCGUGUCCAGACGCGAUUCCGAUAUCCCUGAUGAAGCAGGCGUCGAUGCGCAAGCAGGAGGCGACCGCCAAGGGUACGAAUCUGAACGAGAUCUGCGCGAAGAUCGGCUCGAACACGAGCGGCUCGAAAAUCAACGAUAUAUGUGCGAAGAUAGGAGAGAACUCGAAAGAGAAGAACAGGGUAGAAGUACGCAAAUCCGACGUGCCGGACUUGCUCAAGAUAAGCACGAAGAAGAGUUCCUCGCCCUCGUUCGGCAACUCGGAUACCACCAUGAAACACAUACCGAAUAUUCCGAACGUGCCGGUUUACACGCCGAGCGGCAACGCAAUGACGAUGGAGAGCAAAGGCGCGAAGCUGUCCUUACCUUCGUCGACGUCCACCGGUUCGCUCGCGGUGUCGACGUCGUCGGCGCUGACGACCCACGUGACCCAGAGAAUGUCGGCGCUGAAGAAGCAGAGUCAACCAAUGGGCUACAAGACGUUGCGCGAUCCGCCCAAGUCGUGGAAUCCCACACUGUCUAAGAACAAUUACGUGGCGGUGAAGAAUCAGGCGAGGGAGACGCAAAUCACCAGCUCCGAGGGCACGAGCGAGCAGAUCCCCUCGAAGCCGGCCAAGAUCUUCAAGAUGCGAAACAUGCCGCGGUAUCUCGGCAAUCCGGCCUCGGGGGUCAAGCCGAUGUACGGCGUCGCGAACGACGCGAAAGAGAAGGAGCAGUCGACCACUAACACGAAGAGUGCCACACUCAACAUGAUGAAGAUAGAUCCGAAGACGCUCUCGCCCAUUGUCUCCACGGUGAACUCGCCGAUCGUCUCGCCGCCGCCUUACUCGCCGAACGCUCGGAGUUACCAGAACACCCCGUACUCGCGGGACAUAUGCCGGAACACCGGCUCGCCGAUAUCACCGAGAAAUUCGCCGGUGAACAUGCUGUCGACCAACCCGUUUAUCCCGUCUCCGACGCCCAACACGAAUCCCCGGAUUAUAUACUCUCACUUUCCGCCGCCGUUCCCGGACGCCAGUCGGUUCCCGAAUCCUCUGAUACGAUCGCCCAUCGGUAUCCCGCCCCCCAGUGCCUUUCACAGCAGUCUACCGCCCUCGAUCAACAAGCUGUAUCAACGAUCGAGUUACAUACCGCAGACGACCGGCUACUCGCCGGUGUCCAGCCAACCGCCGGCGGUGCAGAGAAUACCGCCGAGUACUCACUCGUCCUCGCCCAAGUCACCCAAAACGUCAUCGCCGAGCUCGAUCUCGUCCACGUCGUUCAACUUGGGCAAGACCGAGCCGCAGUCGUCGCCGAUUACGUCGACGGUUGACAGCGUCGCGUUGCUCCUGUCGAAGAGCGUGCCGGUGCCGGUGCCGGUGACAGUCCCGAUAUCCUUACCCGUAUCCUCGCAACGAGAGCUCAACGCGUUCAACCUCUCCAAGACUGGCAAUUCAACCCAAGCCGCGACCUGCAGCGUCACCAAUAGCGAUGUUACCGCUGCUACCGUCGGCUCAGCGGCAACUACGAGCGCUAAAGCAACCGAGAACUCGGGGGGACCGAGUACCACCAAUGAGCGAAAGCAUUGCAAGGAAGCGGAGGCGCAGAAGGUGCAGGAGGCCGCGCGAAGUCGGGAGGAAAGUUCCACGGCGAAGCUUCCGGAGGCAAAGUGCGAUGCCGUCGACAACGUCGCGUCGAGCGCAUCGGACAAGAAGGAGAAGACCAAAGUCAACGGUGACGUCACGGCGGAACAAUUUACGAAUAAAAAAUCCAAGGAAGGUAGCGACGAGACGUUAGCGUCAGCGGAAACGGCCGAGCGGGACGAUCAAGCGGAACGAUCCCCGUCGAAAGAACGCAACGGCAUCUCGAAGAGCAACCAAGCUCAGAGCGGCGUCAAGGAUCUGGCGGCAAGCGAAUCCGUGAAGAACGAGGAUCUCGGUAAGACAACUGGCGAGCAAAUACAGGGUAAAAGAACCGAAGCGCAGAAGAACAAGGCGGAGACGUAAUCGGAUUAGUAGUUUCUGGAUGCGAGUCUACUUCGAUUGGUGAGAGCUGCAUUUAACCAUUUGACACAUUUGAGAAUUGCGCUUAUGUCAUCUGCGUCGCGUACCAAGAAAUGAAAAGAAAAUAAUUAAAGUUGAUUGUGUAGAUGGCAAUUUUCAUGAUGCGUGAUGUAUCGUACAAGAAACACACACACAUACACGAGCAAUUAUGGCCAUUGUUGAAGAUAUUCCAUGGCAUGUUAGGACUGUACAUUUUUGUAAAUAACCGCGAAAGAUCUAAUUAUUUUCUAUUAUACAAAUGAGUUAUAUAUUAUAUCAUUGUGUUGAGCACAUUAUUUUAUAAGUGUACGUUGAUGAUUGUGAGGCCGUCUCUAGAUUCCAUGCGCACGUAUAACGCUAAUAUUUACGGUUAAUGAGCCUCCCGUUGUUAUUACGCAUUCGUACAUGCAUAUAUACAUAGGCAUAUGUAUAUAUGGCAUAUCCCACUUUUCCAUUACAAAUCCUUCAGAUCGGAUUCUUGUAUUUACUGAACAAUUGUGCGGUCCCUAAAGUUUUACAUUAUGUUCUAAUAAUACGAUUAGAUGUAAUGACGAUAAAAUCGCGAAAUAAUAUUUUAAUAUAGAAUAUAUAUUCGCGCGCGGCGUAGUUACCGGUUCCCCCGAAAUUCAAUGAAAGAUACGUAACCGAAGAAAAAGAACGAUGAUGCGUUUUAAGUGGGACAGCCUUUAUGCCAUAUCUAUCUUAUUUUUCGUUACACAUAUAUUGCCGUACAUAAAUUUUCCAUGGGAUGUGAAUACAAGUUGCAGAAGCAGUGAUCUCGAAAGAAAAAAAAACCAAUUUUAUUUUAAUUAUUAUAAUUACAAUUAUAUAUUUGAAACGAAGUUAUAUAUUUAAAUUGAUCGUAUCAUUUUGUCGCAUAUACACUGCAUAUGCUGCUUGCUGUUGAUUUGUUAAUAUCAUAGUGUAUAACACGUUAUAUCAUCUUAAUAACAUACAAUAUGCAUUCUUGCAUAUUAAAUAGAUGCAAGUUAUCCGUUAGCAUUAAAUAACUGAACCGUAGAGAGAGAGAGAGAGAGUCAUGGAUCUUUUUUUUACAAAUAACAGUUUUUGGAAAGACGCGAUUGUAAAAUGCCCGCACAGAUACUUGUGCCGGAGAAUUGAAAUGCUCAGAGAAGGGAAAUGAGCACACAUAUGUGUACGGAAAAAAAUGUUAGGUAUAGGUGAAUUAAUUAAAUUAAUAUAAAUGUUAUCUAAACCUAAACUAUACAUUUUUAUAUCACACAAGAUAGAUAUGAAAUUUAUAUAGUCUGCAGCAUUGAAUAUUUUUGAAUAACCCUUUAUUGUAUUAAAAGGAAUUUUAUCGAGUUGUAUUAUAUAGCGCAGAAACAUUAUCAAGAAACAAUUCUAUCUUAUAAAUUUCAAAAUAUUUUCACCUUUAAUUCAUCUUUGAAUGACGUAUUCUUCUGUAGAGCACGUACAUUUUUCAUAUGGGGCCAUCUGUGUUAAAAAAAUAUAUGAAUGUAAGAUUCUCGGUUCUUACAUUUCAAAUGUAUGAAUUAGUAUGUUAAUUAAUAUCCUGUAAUGAGUAAUAAUUUUGAGAAAACCGAAAUCUCGUAUAGAGUCUAUUUAAAGGGCGAUGUUAAAGUGAUAAAAGUAUGUGGCGCGAAUGUGCAAUUUACUAGACUACGUAUCACUUUUAACGGAAGUUAUUAUUAACUUUAUUUCGAGCGAGUUCUUGUCGACUUUAGAUCUUACUUUUGGACCAAAAUUUAAUGUGGAAAUGAAAGUUUGAGAGGGUGAUUUUGAAAAUAUUCGAAGACUGCUAAUGGUAGUGAAAUGUCCGAGGCCUUAUCGUAUCGUAUAUCGAGAUAUGGAAUAAUAAAAAAUUAUUAAAUAUGUGCGUGUGUGUAUAUAUAUAUGUGUAUGUAUGUAUACACACACACAUAUAUGUUAAUUAUGUCACAAAGAAUAUUGGUUAACGAUUAAAUACUGUGAUCGUUACGUUAUUUCGUCUUACAUGGAAAAAGAUACUUUAACGAAACGAAAUUGUGCUCACACACUCGUAGUCGUAAAUUGUAUUCUCCUUCUCUCCCCUCCCGUUCACAGUUCCCCCUCAUUCCCAUUCUUUUUCUAUCUUACUCUUUUACUCUUGUACUCGUGGUUCUCGAGUACCUUUCCAUUUUCUAUCUCCACUCUAGAUAUUCAUCUAAUCCACCUAGCUUUAUUCCUCGUCACGUACGUGUGCGCUUUGUUGCCGUUUAUAUGAUUGCGAAUAUUGAUGAUGAGAGAGUAAAAAACUGGUAAUUGGGGAAAAAUAUGAAUAAAAGGAAAUGACAAA